AUGGAGGAGGAGCCGAACCCAAGGUACAAGCUGUACCAGCUCCUCCAACGCCUGGUCGGACGACCGCUUACUUUGCAUGACAUUGUCAUCACACAUCAGACGUGGCAAGUCGGCAUCCAAGCAACGGUGACCCUGGUGUGCGCCGAGGGCAAGGAAGCCGCGAGUGAGCUGUGCCCUACGGCCAAGGAAGCCGAAGAAAGUGCUUGCCAUCAGGCACUGUUGAUUUACGGGGAUGAGAUACGCGAGCUCAUCGCCAAGCUGCCAGCACCGCCUCCACCGGGCAAGCGGAAAGGCACGCUGGUUUUGCCUCCGAUCAAGCGUCAGGCGCUUGCGGCACCUUUGCGAUCGCCCACAAAACUGCUAGUGGCCACUCCGAAACCUGUUGCCCGACCUGCUGAUCCUGUGGAGCGGAAGGAGGAGAACGGCGUGGCUGACGAGGCCGAUGUGCAUCAGACAGAUCAUACUGAAGAAGAUGCUCCCGCUGAAGAAGCUGGUCCUCUCGAUGGCCUCACUGAGGAGGAGGUCUCAGCACUGUCGGAAGCAACCGCAAAGUCGAAACCGCAACCUCCUCCAGGAGCAGCUCUCAUCCGGCUGCCGGAGACGAGCCCGCAGCCAGCAACGGACGUGUUCCGUGCCCAGCCCAAGCAGGACUUGAAUGCCCUUUGUGGCAAGAUCGCCCGGAAGGUGAUGAACAAAGGCGAAGUGGCCUAUACAACGCUGCAAGUGCUUGGUGGAUACCAGAGCACCGUCACCUUGAAGUGCUUUGACGGAGACUGGGCCGAUGCGGCUUUCGUUGGCCAAGUGCACCCGCAGAAGACCGGUGCCGAGCAUUCGGCGGCCUCAGUCGCUUUGGCAGAGCUAUGCGCCGACGAGCAAAUGCUUUCGAGGUUGACGCUGCAAACACUUGACAUUACUUGGCUUCAGUUUGCGUCUGCGAAUUAUGUGAUGGAAUUCCUGGAGACUGCAGAUCCGUCGUGCAACUCAAUGACUAGUCAGACUAGCAUGUCCAUGCAGACGUCCACAGUGGUUUUCGGCAAGCUGCGCGAAGUCAUUGGCAGGCCUUCCACUUCAACGUCAAAGCUAGAUUGGGUCAAGCAGAGAAAGAGCUUGCUAGUCCUGGGCAUUUUUCGGUUUUUUGUUGCGGUGAUGGGCCUGAUCAGCCUGCGAUACGUAGCGGCGUCCUUCACGGAGACAAUCAAGGCCUCCAGCCCCUUCUUCACAGUGGUGGCUGCUUGGUUCCUGACCGGUGAGCGGACGCCGCUGCCGGUGCUGAUAACCCUGGUUCCAGUUAUGCUAGGCCUCAUCACAGCCGCUGCUGGCGAGCAUUCUUUCGCGGUGGUCGGUUUUGUGGCUGCUGUCCUGGCUAACUUAGCCGAAUGUGUCCAGAAUGUAUUCUGUUCGCAGCUGCUUCAGCCGGGACCUGAUGGAGCUCGCUUCACCUCCGGUCAGCUCCAAUACUACAGCGCUUGUGCUUCACUGGUAGUUCAGAUUCCGUUCUUUGGUGCAGCUUUUCUUCAAGGCAGCCUGGUACUUCCGAAUGCGGCACUGCAAUGGGCAUGGCUCCUUAUUGCAGGUUUUGUGUAUUUCUUACAGUCUGCGCUAGCCUUCAAAAUAAUGUCCUGCUACUCUCCGGUCACGCUUUCUGUGAUGAACACCGCGAAGAGGGCAUUGAUCAUUUGUUUCUCAGCACAUUACUUCGGCAACGUCAUAACAAACACAGCAUUGCGGGACACCCAGCAUGGGUUCGACAGGGAGCAAGGGAGCACGAUCCGUAGAACUGCGGAGGACGGCAAGGCACGAGCGCAGAUGUGGGAGGUGAGGUGGAUGACAGUGGAUGAGAGGCAUGAGAGGCAACAAGAGCUCGUACAUGGCAGCCGGCCCCGCGGCCACAAGGAAGCGUGCAUGACUGCCGUGUGGCAAAGCCAUGGCUACAUGGAAAGAGCUGCGACGGGCGGAGAUCGGUCGUUGUCCUCGCGAACUUUGCAGUUUCCGUCCGAGGGACCUCGGCAGGUCUUCACUUGCGGCUGCGGGCACCUGAGCGCCGAGCUGCUGUGCUCGCUUUUGCUGCAGCGCGGCAUAGCCAGCGUUCUUGACGUUCGUGAGCUGGACCACAGCACAAAGCGGCCGUGGUUCAACAGCGAGGCUCUGGAGGAAACCAUGGCCAAAGCCGGUUUGGCUUACAGGUACCUGGGCCAGAGAGACGACUCGUGGGCGCCCGUGGUGGCAGCAGCAUUGCUGGAGCUGCCACCUCCUCGGUGCCUGCUCGGCUUGCGAGCUUUGGCAAGGGAGUGUCCCCGACUUCGCUUGGCACAGCAUCUCACGGAGAUGGAUUGGGAGGUUGUCCAUCUUCAGCCAUCUCCAGAGGCUCCGCCAAGCCUGACACUGCUUGAGUACCAGCACACGGAGGUCUUUGCCCGGCAAGCACGUCUUGCCCAUCACAUUGCUACAGUGACCGCCAGCCUGGAGGCCCAGAUGGGGUUCUACACCACCUGGCAGCAGCGGAUCCACGCACGCUACCGAGUCGUUUCUUGGGACACGUGGGACACGACCAGACACUUUCCGGCCCCUGGCGAGCAGGCACUGGUGAUCGCUCUGCCUUUCGACACCUCCCUGGUCGCGAUCCCCGGGUUCCUUUCAAAGUCGGAGAUUUUUUCUUUGCAGCAGGCGACCUUGCCCGGAGCCUUGAACUACGAGCAGCCUAGACGGCAGGUGCGGAAUCCGGAUGGAAGCUUUACGCACUUCAAUGAGCGGCACAAGGAGGCGUGGAUCUGCAACGGCUAUGACUAUCGUGACACACGCCGCGUAGCUCCGCCUCGCCUACACGUUGGACAAAAAGUCGCGGGCAAAGUCGAGGAGAUCCUUCAGCGUGCCGCUGAAGCAAUCUGCUCCCCGUUGAAUGGCAUGAUGUGCCGCUGGGAGCCUCCAGGUGUCCACCUGAAAGAUGGGCCUCACACCUAUGCCACACACUGCGGAUGGGGAAGUGACUGUGUCAUUGCCCUCAUGGCGGUUGGCGCGACCCGAGUGUACCACAUCCAUGGCAUUCCCUGGUAUUAUGGUCGCGGCCGACGCGAAGUUGCUUCGGUCAACAUUCCGCUCGAAGAAGGUUUGCUGGUGGCUUUGGGCGGCCCUCUGCGUGAGAAAUGGCUCUACUCACAGCCCCGUGAUGAGGAGAUUCUCCCCGAGCGUGUUCAGUUCACAAUGCAGCUUCAUGCAGACGCACAGGUGAUGAAGGGGGGAGAUCAAGCCGCCGCCGACAGCUGGACGGAAGACUGUGAAGGCAGGUCUCGGAGUUUGUCGCAGUUGCGACACGGUCUUUGA